AAUGAAAUAGUGAAGGCUUGAGGAUAACUAAGUUGGAUCAUAUGAGUUUAGAUGGAAUAAUCAAGUUGAGCUCAAUGUCUACAAGGAUUGAGAGUGAGUUCAACCUCAAAACUCACAUCUCUCUAAGAUGUUUUAAGAGAGAAUAAAAUCUUUACAAAGUUGGUUUAGAAGUUCCCAUUUUUUUGAAUAAAAGAUUUAGUCACAGUUGAAAUCAUGUGUUCUACCACAUCCACCUUUUCAAUAAAAUAACAUUUUCAGUGUUCAUCAAAAUCAGUGAUCAAUCUUUGCGCAGAUUUGGAAGUUGAUUUGACAGCGCGAAUGGGCGUGGCCAAGAGCUUUCGUAUUCGUCACUGCCACUCUCUUCUUACAUACGAAUCCAAUGAUAUAUAUCACUCCCACACUCACAGAUCUCAAAAAAUCUGCAUUCCCUUAGCUUCUACCCUUUUGCCGAUCAACAAUUAUUCCCCCAUUUUCGCCUCCAAGGUUCAAUAUACAAAGUACUUUAUUAAAGAUUCAUCAGUUCGGGAGUACUUCGAAUUGUAGCAAGAAUAAUGGAAACGAAUGGAAAUCAUGUAACUGAGAGGUAUGGUGUAGUCACUGGAGCAAACAAGGGGAUUGGUUUUGAAACGGCUAAGCAACUUGCUUCUGAAGGCAUAACUGUGAUUUUGACAGCCAGAAAUGAGCAAAGAGGAUUGGAGGCUGUUUCAAAGCUCCAUGAAAUAGGUUUAACAAAUGUUGUCUUCCAUCAACUUGAUGUGUUGGACCCUGACAGUAUCCAGUCUCUGGCUAAGUUCAUAGCUGACAAGUUCGGCAGGCUUGAUAUCUUGGUAAAUAAUGCUGGGGCUAGUGGGGUUGUGGUGGAUGAGGAAGGAUUAAGGGCCAUGAACAUAGAUUUCUCCUCUUGGCUCUCGGGCAAGGCAACGAACUUGGUUCAGAGUGUGAUAAAGACAAAUUGUGAGAAGGCUGAAGAAGGCCUCAACACAAAUUAUUAUGGCCUUAAAAAUGUAACAGAAGCCCUUCUUCCACUGCUACAGAAAUCCUUGGAAGGAGCAAGGAUUGUGAAUGUCUCCUCUCUCAGAGGCGAAUUGAAGAGAAUACCAAGUGAGCAGAUACGAACAGAACUGGGGGAUGUAGAAAAUUUGAGUGAAGAAAAGAUAGAUGGAGUGUUGAAAAGAUUUCUACAUGAUUUGAAGGAAGAUAGAUUAGAAGUGAAUGGAUGGACAAUGAUGCUUCCACCCUACAGCAUCUCCAAGGCUGCAGUGAAUGCUUAUACAAGAAUUCUUGCAAGAAAGUAUCCAAAAAUGUAUAUAAACUGUGUUCAUCCUGGCUAUGUUAAUACUGAUAUCAACUGGCAUACAGGAAUAUUGAGUGUAGAAGAAGGGGCUAAAGGUCCUCUCAAGUUAGCUCUUUUGCCAGAUGGAGGUCCCACAGGUUGCUAUUUUGACGAAACUGAAUUGGGGGAGUUUUAAUUAACUCACUGCAGUUUGGAAUGAAACUUCACUUGUUUCAUCAAAGAUGGAAGGGUUUGUAGUGAUUUUUUGCAUGGAUGACCCAAUCCCAGCAACUUAAUGUGUAUUUGAUUACGUUAUGGAAAAUGGAGCAACCUUUUGUGACAUUGCCACUAUGAUGCAUCCUAUGACUGCCUUAUUGCAGUUGGAAGUUUGGAACAGAGCUUAACUUUGUAGUUAGUUGAUGAUUGGUUCUAAUAUUUCAAAAGGUGGAGGCACCAUAAGAUGCUAACUUUGGUUUUCCAAAUAGAGAAUCUGAAUGGUCAAAGGUUUAGCUCAAUGCGACUGUUUAUUAUUCCUUUACUUUUUGUUUGUUCUAUAAAGUUCAUUCUUCUUUGAUUAUAAAAA